CACAAAAAUUAUUACAUUUAAAGAAUACAUUUAUGCAUAAUACAUAAUAUUUUUAAUGUUUUCAUUGGGCUCUUUUUCGUUGUUUCUAGACAUAUAAUUUCCAGCAGAACAUGAUAUUACAGUCAACAAUGUUUACAGCAAUUUAAAUAUGUAAAUAUAUCUCUGAAAUACGUUUUCAUUGUACUCCCAUCUGGAAUCCGAAAGUCACUGCGCCAUUGUGGAUAGAGAGCCUAACCUGUAAUUAAUUAAGACGCUUAAGCAUUUUUGUUAUUUAAAUUUCUGGUUUCUAUUCAACAUUCAUCCUAUUAUCUAUAGUAUUUCGUUACACGCUACAGAUUUUUAAGAGAAUAUCAAAUGAGAUACAUUUUCUGUCUAAACAAUAUAUAGAAAACACACACACACACACGAUAAUUCGUGUGUGUGUGUAUAUAUAUUUAAUGUGUGUGUGUUUUUUUUCAACAUUUUUCAACUUUUUAAAAAUAUGAAUCCCUUUGAAUAAUGUGCAUUUCACAUUGAAAUUGUUAACUUGUGCAUUUAAUAAUAAAACAUACAAUAAAACGUUAAAAAAAUAUUGGUGUGCACAACGAAUCAUGCAACGUACUGAAUAAGAAAAGUGUGGAUGAGAUCUAAAACCUCAAAGUCUGUAUGUUCAUAUUCUGUCAUGAAAGUAUAUUUUGUUUUAUCUUAAAAGGUUGAGUGAUAGACAAGAGAACAGACCAAUCAAAACAAUUCCCCAUGUCUGAAGCUGGGUCACAGGCGCUGACCUCGUUGAGAAAUGCAUUGGCCAGCAAACACAGAAAAGAUCAUUCAAGUCCAAGGGAUAAUACAAAUACAAAUUAUGUAAAUUAUUGUAAGCAAUAGCAAAAAUGACUCGAGCAUAUCACAUGAAAAUAUGUAAGCUUUAGGCUACGUUUUGUCCUCUAGUACAUUGUGUAUUGUCAUUCAUCUAGCUAAUUCAAUGCAACUUGGUAAAACGGCAUAAUAUGAAACUGUUGAAGAUGAUGCGUGCCAUUUUACCUUUUACAAUUUUGAAAUCUGUACUAAAAUCGAAAACCACAUUUAUGUAGAGCGUAUACAAGAAAAUAUCGUAGGAACCAGAAAAAUAAAUUCCAUCCGUUUGACGAAAACUUCCUAAUGGAAAUUGUUUCACAUGCAACCGGGUUUAUAUAUAUUAUAUAAUCAAAAAUGUAUGAUCAAAUUCUGCAUACUAACUUAAUACUCACAAAAGAAACGCUAACAACAAGGAAAAUAAAGUGUAGGCUAUGGAAUACGUAAUUCUCUCUGAAUUAUUUUAACAUUUUCAUUUUGCUUUUCAUGCAUUUAUGAACAGCUAAUGAUCAAAACACUGAAAACACCUAAAUGUAUGUUCUUCUUAAUUUCUGCACAAUCAAAAAACAAAAAAAAACAAAUGAAGCUAUUGUUUCAGUUUGGAGCCAAUAAAUAUACUUUCCUCUUCUUAUGUGUUUUUCCUAUAUAUUUUAAAAAUCCAGCACGUCAGUUUAUUAUGCAGAAAAAGAUAGAAGAACAUAAUACAUAACAUAAUAAUCUCAUUUUACAAAGAAAAAAGAAAGCAAAGCAGCAAUGUAUAUCUAAUAUAAACAUUUGCAAUUAAUCCACCUAAUGAAAUUUGCAAUAGAGCGAUAUUAACUAAAAACUGAUUAAACAGUGUGUCGUGACAGAGAAAAAUAGACAGAAUAUGUCAACAUCGUCCCUAUUCUAUAACAUUGCAUGUCCGCUUUAAAAACGGAGCCUAAAAGUGUAUAAAACCCAUUCUUUAUUUUUAUUAACUUUGUAAUUAAUUUCUUUAAUUUCCAUUAAGUGUUUAAUUUACUUGCCUCUCUUGCCUUUCUUUUGCAGACGCAUAAGCCACGUAACUGUAGGCUAUAUCUGAAGACAGCGAUUGUUCUUUGUUCUGUUGUUGGUUUCCUUGUCCGUAAAAAUCGGCUAGAUGGCGCCAUUGCUCCAUGCUGUACCACAUAAAUUCAACAACUUGACCCCAGUGACGUCAAGACGGUCUGGCGCAUCAAGGCCACUUUCAAAACCCUAUUGGUCUGAAAAUCACAUGACAAAGCGCCUUGAAUCCAUAAUUAUGUUGCUGAUAUUUUUCGCCCCCCCAAAAGAUGUCAGCGUCCUACUGUCCUUAUCCACUUCGGCAUAAAGGAGAUUGUUUUGAAUCAAAAGAAAAACAAGUCAAGUAGCAAAAUGUCAUGUCCGAACAACGUGGCAGCCAACACAUUCCUGAUGGACUCGCUGGUGGGAGGAACGUCUCCUUACAGAGGUGAGAGCUAUUCCACUAACUCUGGAAUGUAUAUGCAAACGUCUGCAGAAUAUGGUUGCGCCAUGAUGGGUAGUUUUGGCAUUGUUGGUACCCCUCUCUCCAAACGGGAUGAUCUGCAACCGACUGGGAUGCAUCUCAGCAGUUACCAGCACUCACAUUACCUGUCGCAGCGGGACGCUUGGAUCGCAGGCUCUAAAACUUACAGAGGCUCACAACCUGUUGCCCAGCCUUUGCACCCGUGCUCGUUUCCAGCCAGUAAUGUGAAAGAGGAAGCGAUUCCUUGUCUUUACCAGCCUGAUAUCGAUAGCGCUAAGGAGUCCGCCGAGAAAUCCACCUACAUCCGUCUGGGAGACAAUAACAGCCACCCGAAUCAAAGCGCCGUCUCCACCCCCGAUUAUUUCCGACGGAGCCAGGUGUACGCCAGUGAAAGGGGCCACCAUGGAGAUGAGUUCGGCUCGGACUUUAACCCAAUAGCCAGAAUAUCCACGCCUGUUGAAGCACUAGCAGCAGAUUCUUAUGUCAAAAGCAGCAAAGCAAGGCAGGAGCCAGAAGACAAGGGAGGGAAUACGCAGGAAGACGAAAUGGAUCAGAGACAGACUAGAAAAGAGGAGAGUGUCUCAAAAACAGACAGUUGUACUGAUGAUUCCGAGAGCGAAUUGAAAGAUGAGGCUAAAUUGGAAAAAACCACGGGGAACUGGCUAAAAGCGAAAAGUGGACGAAAGAAGAGAUGUCCUUACACAAAGCAUCAGACACUUGAGCUAGAGAAGGAGUUCUUGUUCAACAUGUACUUGACUCGAGAGCGCCGUCUGGAGAUCAGCAAGAGUAUCAACCUCACAGACAGACAGGUCAAGAUCUGGUUCCAAAACAGAAGGAUGAAGCUAAAGAAGCUCAACAGAGAAAGUCGCGUCCGAGAGCUAACCGGCUAUAGUUUCAACUGAGCGCUUAAGACAGACAAAGGAAGAAAUAAGAAAUGACAUGCUCUCUCGCGUUUCCCACGUUCAGCCCCUCUCUAUUAUUUAAUCUCUAUUUUUUUCUGAUUUCUCCUUUUGCAUUCACAGACUCACGCAUACAUACAAAUACAGAAUAGCUGGCCCAUGACUUUUAAUGCAAAGGGACUGAAAGAUCCUGCAAACAAUAUCUAGUUUCCAUCCGAACCUAAUUUAUCAUUGUUGAACAGACCAGAAUAAUAACUGUAAAUAUGCAAGUAGAGUAAGAAAAGGAUGCUUGGUGCAAAUAUUCGUGGCAGAUUUGUAAUUAAAAAAAAACCUAACUCAGAAUAUAUGAACGAGAUAUCCAUUCGAUGUCUUAGAUUAGUUUGUUUGCUGUCAGUGCGCUUGUCCUACAAUGCGCGCUCUGUAUUUUGCAUGCUUUGUUCUUUGACGUGUAUUUGUCAAUUUGAUGUUUAACUCGAGAGGCUGAUAAAUAAAACAGGGGGUGGGAAAAUAUAAUGUCCUGGUAUGUCCUUCCCCUUGCAUAUUUUCUUCUGUAUUCUGUUGACAGAGAAAUUUUGGGUGAAGACAGGGAAGAGAGGCAGAAGGAGAAAGUGCAUAGCACUUUCAGUAUGAGUGGGAGACCCAUAACGUUGAUUUAAAUAUUAUCCAGGUGACCACAGUAAGUCAAGGUCAUAAAAUUGUAAUGUCAUGACGGUCCUGGAAAGCGCUGGGGGUGGAUUUUAUGAUCUGCAAAUAUAAUGUGCUGCUGCAGUAAAGAUGCAUUAAAAGGUGAGUGGAGGAGGGCUAAUUCACAUACUCGGAACUGCAAUGUGCUGGCCUCACUGACGCGCUCUGCGGUCUGCCUGGCUGUUUUGGAACCAGGAACCUUUCAUUAUGGAGUAAUGGAACGCUAUGAUACGAUGGACUGAACACGAAAGAAUGAAAGACCUACAGCGGCGGUGAAUGAAUGAGUGGAUCCUAUGAGUUACGUUAAUCAGACCGUGUGCAGAACGUUCAAGCGCAUGAGGGAAUUGUGAACGUAAAGGGCAAGGAGGACCUCAUUGUUGCAUUGGAUAAUCAUUCGAAAUUGCAAAAUAGGUGAAGAAUGCGGAGGAAAACGGAAUCCUCGUUUGGUUGCUUUCCAGCACUUUACAACUCAAACAGCCAGUGCGCGAGGCUAUUGGAGGAGGCCAUCACGUGACUACAUUG